ACUGUACGCUGUGCUGAGGAACAGCGUGAGGAACUGAGGCGGACAGUUGCCUCUAAAGCUCGUGACAGCUUCUCCAAUCAGACGACUUUGAAGGGAACAUGCGCUUCGGGGGAGUCGCUCCCCGUUUUCUGCUGCUGCUAGGUUUUUUGUCCGGGAGGGUUCGAGUGGACACGGGCCAAGCACAGGGUCAUCUACAGGAGGUUCUCAGGGCGUUGGAGCUACCACUCAGUACUGACGAAGAACCACGUCUGCAGAAGAGCCACAUCAGUCUCCUGCUCACCGCACUUCUUCUGGCAGUGGACUGUCAAGAGCGGGCUGGUGCCUCUCAAGAGGUCUGUGACAAGUGCUUGAAGCCAGACUUCGUUCUUUCAGUUCUGAAGGAUGAAGGGAAGGCUUAUCUCACAGAGGACGACUUCCAGCGCAUCUCCACUCUUCUGCUCUACUACAUCAUCAACUUGCAGGAUCUGUGCCAGUCGUCUUCCUCCUCCUCUUCCCGGUCUGCCAGCAGCUACGAGUUCUACCUUCUGGCUCUUACCAAUCUGCACCCAGCAGAAGACAGCCACUUUCUGUCCCCGGGGGAAAUAGAGAGCAUUCUGAAGCUCCUCAACCAGCACUACAAACCCUCCAACCGUGAAAGUUCAAGUUUCUCCGACUUCCAGUGUAUCGACGCCGCUCAUCUGUUGGAAGACGCAAAUGAGAAAGCUGUCGCAGGCGCCGGUGUGACAACCGUGCCCAAAGUGGCCGCCGCCAUCAUCAGUCACAUCCUGCAGCGUCGCUGUUUCGCUGGAAGGAACCUCCCACCACCUUCCUUCUUCACCAAUUAUAUCUUUCAGUCCCUCAAUCGCUCCAGUGACCUGCAAGUCUUAGAUUUGCACGAGCUUCUUCUUCAACUGGGAGUCGGCGGUGAAGGAAAGAGGCGGAAGUCAGAGACAAAGACGAAGCAUUCGCCGGGUGGUUGCAUGCCAGAAAGUGCAGACUGGGCACGGGUAUGUUUUUCGGCCAAUCAGUUGGUAGACAUUUUUGCUCUGGACCCUCAUUUUACCAUUUCCAAGGAGCACUUGAGGUUAAUUUGCCCGGCCAUCAUUCAGCAGUUGCUAGGCAAUGUGUGUGAAUCUGCAGAACGAAACGCCAGAAGAGCUCAGCCUACUGCUUUUGAGAAGUUUGGCUACAGCACAGCAGCAGUGCUGCUCAUCACACUGGGCUCCAUGUUGGGCAUCUGCUUGAUCUUCUUCAACUCGUGCCAGGAAACCUACACGCUCCUCCUGCAGCUCUUUGUGGGCCUGGCCGUGGGGACCCUCUCAGGAGACGCCCUCCUGCACCUCAUCCCGAUGAUCCUCGACCUCCAUGGCCAUGAAGAUGAUGAUGAUGAGGAGCACCUCGCUGAGCAAAGGGAGUACCUGUUGAAGAUUUGUGGUGUCAUUGCUGGGAUCUAUGGCUUCUUCCUCAUUGAAAGACUUGUCUCCUUUGUGGUUCCUCAUCAUUGCCAUACCCACUCAGGUGAUGUUCCUUUAGAGCUCCACUGCAAUGCUCAGUCCCAGAGAGACAAGUCCAUGUCCACCGUGCAGCUGCAGGGACCAGUAGAUGGCCUGGACUGUGCAGAAGUAUCUCCCGAGCACGCAAACACACGGGAGUCUUCACGGCAGAGACCAGGCAUUCCUCUGCUCGCCAUCAUGGUGAUUGUGGGCGACAGCCUUCAUAAUUUUGCCGACGGGCUGGUCAUCGGCGCCGCCUUCUCCUCGUCGCCCGAGACCGGCAUGGCGACGACCGUGGCCAUCCUGUGCCACGAGGUCCCACACGAGAUGGGAGACUUUGCGGUGCUGCUGAGUUCUGGACUGCCCGUAAAGACGGCGGCGCUCAUGAACUUGGUCAGCGCCCUGACCGCCUUCAUGGGCCUCUACAUCGGGCUCUUUGUUUCCGGCCAGAUGGAGGUGCAGCAGUGGAUCUUCGCCGUCACCGCUGGCAUUUUCCUCUACGUGUCGCUGGUGGAAAUGCUUCCUCAAAUGAGUCGAGUGAGCAGUAGCCGUCCUCGCCUGCUCUUCCUGCUGCAGAACGUCGGCCUGUUGUCGGGUUGGUCGUGUCUUCUGCUGCUGGCGCUCUUUGAACAUCAGCUCACCUUUCAAGAUGGCUGACAUUGACGCACCUUGUUUAAUGUGCGACGUAUUGAUUCUUUACGUCGUGUCGGUCGCUUUAUACAACAAUCGAGCUAGAACAAUCAUUCCGCCUUAACGCCAUACUCCAAGGUGUCCAUAAUUAGGGCUGAGGCAUUUAUUCAUACAAAUGUACUUUUAUCAAUGAAAGAAAGAAUCAUUUAGCGGCGCCAUCGUAACAAACUAACCUGUUCUUUCCGCGGUUCGUUCUCCGUAUGACCACAACAUGGGGCCAAAUAAAGUUGUGACUGCCAGCACUUUCAGAAACACUACGUGAUUCAUGAACAACAAAGAAGUCAAGGAUUAUUUUGAUCAACAUUUCUUAAUUGUGAUUGACUAAUCUAAUGAA